AACAUCACAGUUGAAACGGUAGAAAGUGGGCGAAAAUUGUAUUCGGAAGCUUUACAUCAUCAGCAAAACCAGCCAAUUUAGGCAGUUUCUUUUAAUGGAUAUCUCCCAGUUAUAAAAUGCAAAAUGUAUUUGAUAUUCAUCGCGCAUAUCCUAAUGAUUUUGUCCCCAGCAAUCGCUGAUAGAAAUCAGUUUAUGGUGGGUAGCAUCUUUACAUCAGACAAAGAUGAAUCGGAAAUUGCAUUCCGAACCGCCGUGGACCGUGCAAAUAUAUUGGAGCGGAGCAUAGAACUUGUUCCAAUUGUUAUGUAUGCCAACACGGAUGAUAGUUUCAUUAUGGAAAAAAUGGUUUGCAAUUUGAUUUCGCAAGGAGUAAUUGCCAUUUUCGGACCCAGUACGGGCAGCAGUUCUGACAUAAUUGCCUCCAUAUGUGACACACUUGAUAUACCACACAUAGUCUAUGACUGGAUACCCAAUGAAUCUAUACCAGAUCGAGAGCACUCUACCAUGACCCUUAAUGUUCAUCCCGAUAACCUCUUGUUAUCUCAGGGACUUGCAGAGAUUGUUCAGAGCUUUGGCUGGCGUAGUUUUACGGUUGUCUAUGAGUCCGAUAGGGAGCUUCAACAACUUCAGGAUAUUUUGCAAGUCGGUGAGCCAAGCAGCAAUCCAACUACGGUAAAACAAUUGGGACCAGAUGACGAUCAUAGGCCAUUUCUGAAGGAAAUCAAACUAUCCACCGAUAACUGCCUGAUUCUGCACUGUGCACCAGAUAAUCUAUUGAAAAUAUUGGAACAAGCUAAUGAAAUGAAAAUGUUGGGCGAGUAUCAGAGCGUUUUCAUACCGCAUCUGGACACCCAUACAAUCGAUUUUGGCGAUCUUUCUCGUGUCGGGGCCAACAUCACCAUGGUGCGAAUAAUGGAUCCAACCGAUUUCCAUGUCAGAAACGUUGUACACGACUGGGAGGAGCGGGAGAAACGCGAGGGGCGGUACUUUAAAGUCGAGUCAGAUCGGGUAAAAACUCAGAUGAUACUGAUCAACGAUGCCGUUUGGCUGUUCUCCAAGGGUCUUACUGAGCUGGGAAUUUUUGAGGAGCUCACAGCCCCCGAAGUAGAGUGCAGGCGAAAGAAACCCUGGCCAUUUGGUAAACGUAUUAUUGAAUUCAUGAAAGCGCGCUCCGAGGAGACUUCCACGGGUCGAAUUGACUUCAAUGAGAAUGGUCAGAGAAGCUUCUUCACGCUGCGAUUCAUGAAUUUAAAUGCUGACGGCUUUUCGAAUUUAGCCACUUGGGAUCCGGUGAACGGGUUAGAUAAGCUCGGCGACGAAGCGGAGAGCGAGAAAAGAGUAGGUCAAAUGCUGUCCAAUAAAACCUUCAUAGUGUCCUCCCGCCUGGGAGCCCCAUUUCUCACGCUUCGAGAGUCGGAGGAAGGGGAAAUCCUAUCGGGAAAUGCCCGAUACGAGGGCUACUCCAUAGACUUGAUCGAUGAAAUUGCAAAAAUGCUGAAAUUCAAAUACGAAUUUCAUUUGACAUCCGACGGCAAGUACGGAGCUCUCAACAAGGUGACCCAGACUUGGGAUGGUAUUGUAAGACAACUAAUUGAUGGGAAUGCUGAUCUUGGAAUCUGCGACUUGACGAUGACAUCUUCCCGACGCCAGGCCGUUGACUUUACACCCCCUUUCAUGACCCUUGGAAUCAGUAUUUUGUUUUCUAAGCCUCCCACACCACCCACCGAUCUAUUCUCAUUUUUGUCUCCAUUCUCCCUGGAUGUGUGGAUCUACAUGGGAUCUGCGUAUCUGUUCAUUUCAACGCUGCUUUACGGACUGGCCCGAAUGGCGCCCGACGAUUGGGAAAAUCCGCAUCCCUGCAAGGAGCCCGAAGAGGUGGAGAAUAUAUGGUGUAUUAUGAACACCACCUGGCUUUCGAUCGGCUCAUUGAUGGGACAGGGCUGUGACAUUCUGCCAAAGGCUGCCUCAACCAGAUUGGUCACCGGAAUGUGGUGGUUCUUCGCUCUGAUGAUGCUGAACUCCUACACAGCCAACUUGGCUGCCUUUCUAACCAAUUCCCGUCAGGGGAAUUCCAUCAGCAGUGCCGAGGAUCUGGCUGCCCAGAAUAAAAUAAAAUACGGUGCCAUGGCCGGUGGUUCCACAAUGGGUUUCUUUCGGGACUCGAACUUUAGCGUUUACCAAAAAAUGUGGACGGCCAUGGAAAGCGCUAGUCCCUCGGUUUUCACAAAAACCAACGACGAGGGAGUCGAGAGGGUUCAGAAGGGCAAGAAUCUGUAUGCUUUUUUGAUGGAGUCCACCACCUUGGAGUACAAUGUGGAGCGGAAGUGCGAUCUGGUGCAGAUCGGUGGAUGGCUGGACUACAAGAGCUAUGGCAUCGCGAUGCCCUUUAAUUCCCCAUAUCGCAAACAGAUCAGUGGGGCAGUAUUAAAAUUGGGUGAAAAGGGACAGCUGGCGGAACUAAAAAGAAAGUGGUGGAAGGAGAUGCACGGCGGUGGAAACUGCGAGAAGAGCGACGAUGAAGGCGGAGACACGCCGGAACUGGGAUUGGAGAACGUGGGUGGUGUCUUCCUGGUGCUGGGACUCGGUUUGUUUGCAGCCAUGGUCCUCGGAUGUACGGAGUUCCUGUGGAACGUGAAAUCUGUAGCUAUCGAAGAAAAGAUCUCGCUAAAAGAUGCUUUUAAAUCAGAGGCCUUGUUUGCGGCCAAAAUUUGGAUAACUACAAAACCAGUACAUGCAAGUUCUGGCUCGGGCAGCUCAUCUUCGUCCAGUUCCUCUUCAAGUCGCACCAAGCAUUCUUCGAAGUCCCAAGGCUUGUCCAUGAAAAGUCUCAAGAGCUCUGGCGAUCACGACGUAGAGGCAUCUGUUCACAGUAAAUUAAAGAAAAUCGGUUCCAUGUUCUCACUAAAAUCACAGAAGACAACCACUCCACCGCCACCAGAGGUCGGCUGGAAAAUCGACAAGUCAACGCAAAUGGAUGAAGAUGAAGUACCAACUCCUGAAGCGGAACCCGAAUUGAUCCCGGAAGAAGAACCAGAGCAACCGCAACAUCGGCAUCAUCAUCACCAUCAUCAUCAUCGCCAUCAUCACCAUCAUCAUCAAGAUGAUCAGGAACAUGACGAUGAAGAAUAAUAACGUUUGCCCAAAGAACUUAGUCAUCCACCAAGUUUGUUAAGCGAAAAAAAA